CGUCAAAGAAAACAGCAUGGGAGAAAACUUGGAGCACAAGGGGUACAGCGUACAAGGUCUUCAUGAAACAUGUCAAGGAUAAUACCAUUGAGGCAGUUAAAGCAACUGCGGAGUCAUUGCGCAUUGACCUUACCUUUGAAGUAUGCCCUAAAGAAGAGUGGCAGAUUGUCAUGGACCGGGCAACUAAUAUGGCCGCUUACUUAGGAUUCGAGGAGAUGCUCAAGUAUCUCAUUUGCAAAGGUGGUGACAUCAACGUGUCUAAAUACAACAUGGGUUGUGUACCGGGUGGAAACAAUCGCGAUCGCAAGAAGGUGUGCUACACUCCCUUAAUGUACGCUAUUCUCCAUAAGAACCUUGGUCUGGUGAAAUGGUUAGUCGACAAGGGAGCGGACUUAAAUCUUAAGAACCACUAUGGAAAGGAAUCAGAGUACCAUAAUGGAAGGAUUCAGAGAACUGCAUUAAUGAUUGCAGCUGAACAAAAGGAUAUUGUCCUUAUGAAAUACCUUCUUGAUAAAGGUGCAGAUCCGAAUAUCAUAUGUGAUAUAACAGGGAACAUACUUCAGUUCACAGUGUUUGAACAACUGGUGGAGCCAAUGAAAUUCCUUCUCGAUCGUGAAGAUGUCACAAUUGAUCUGAUGAAGAAAAAGGGCACAUACAUUGGCUGUGACAAGAAUUCAACACAAUCUGAUUUCGCUAAAUGCACAGUGAAGUUUACUGCUUUAAUGAUUUCGCUGUUCAGGUGGGCGGAUAAAGACACCAUUAAGCUGCUCAUACGGAAGGGCGCUGACAUCAAUGCAAGAAGCCUCAUUACGGGAAGGUUUAAGGAUACACCGGGUGAGACACCACUUCACAUUGCAGCUGAGAGCCUCAACAUAGAGAACAUUAAACUGUUGCUAGAGGCUGGUGCUGAUCCAGAGAUUGAGGACCAGGAUGGGGCAAGUCUUCUGACUAAAGCUGUCCAAUGUUGGCCCACCUUAGAGAAAACCAACGCCAUCUUAGAGUUGGGGGUUUGUGAUGUUAAUGCCAUGAACAGUAAAGGUGUUACUCCACUCAUGGCGUGUUUAGAAAGAUCUCGGGACUCUACCAGAGGAGAUGACAGUCUCGAGGCCUUACUCAAUGCAGGUGCAGACCCCAACUUAGACACAAGAAAUCCAGUGAAAUAUGCAAGAACAAGAAGGUAUUGCAAAAUGCCAUUGUUUCGAGCGUUUGAGACAGCGCAGACUGAACCGACCGUUCGUCUUCUCCUUGCGCACGGCGCAGAUCCCGAUCUUCUGCUCCAAGGCUACUACAAUUGGGACGCCGAUGAAUACCAUUACUUCCCAGAGAUUUGCAAAAACCAUGUUCUCAAACUAUACGAAAUAUUGAUCAAUGCACAAUCUCAGAAAUCACUCAGCGAGGGACAAUUUAAGAAUAGCAUGAUGGAGUAUGUUGACGACAUUCAUGUCAAGGAUGAUGUCAAGGUGAUCUUCAAGGGCUUAGCUCAACCAUGUAGUUUACAACAUCAGUGUAGGAGCUAUAUAAGAGGAGUUCUCGCCAAAGGAGGAUAUUUUCAAAAGAAACUGAAGAGAUUCACUGAUCUUGAGCAUAUACAAGGUUAUCUUAUGUUCAAGUAG